AUGCGAAUUGUGUUUCGCAUGUACCAUGCCGCUACGAAAGUUGGCCGUCUUUAUCGCAAUGCGCGCUUCAUUAGCUGGAUAUUCCCAGUUGACAUUCUUGAAUCGUUUCAGCUAGUCGAGGUAAAGGUCGACAAGACACCAAUUUUGCUUUAA